AUGGCGCUUGUGGAGGUGGUGGUAGUGACAGCAUGGUGGUGGAGGUGGCAGCAUGGUGGUGGUGGUGGUGUUGGUUCUGGAGGUGGUGGUGGAUGUGGAGGUUUUGAAGGAGGUGGUGGUUGUGGAGGUGAAGGUGGAGUUGGUGGUGGUGGUUGUGGUGGUGGUGGUGGUGGUGGUGGAGGAGGUGGUAGUGGUGGUAGUGGCGGUGGCGAUGGCGGUGGUUGUGGAAGUAGUGAAUGUGGUGGUGUAAGUGGUGGAGUUGGAUGUGGAAGUGGAGGUGGUGUUAUUUUUUAA